AUGGAGGUGCCCGUGGGGAAGGCGCAGCAGCCCUGCGGCAUCUGCAUGGAGCCCAUGGCGCCUUCCGAGGCCCACCGCGGCGGCAGCGGGUGCGCGCACGCCUUCUGUCGGGCGUGCCUGGCGGGCCAUGUCCGCGCCAAGGUCGAGGCCGGCGCGGCCGUCGUGCGGUGCCCGGGCGUGUCCUGCGCCGGCGCUCUCGACCCGGAGUUGUGCCGCGCCGCCCUCCCGGCCGACCUGUUCGUGCGGUGGUGCGGGCUGCUAUGCGAGUCCAUGUUCCUCGGGGCGCGGCGGACCUACUGCCCUUUCCCCGACUGCUCCGAGAUGAUGGUGGCCGACGACGACGGUGGCGGCGUGUCCGAGGGGUGUGUGACGCAGUCGGAGUGCCAGGUGUGCAGGCGGCUGUUCUGCGCGCAUUGCGCGGUGCCGUGGCACGCCGGCGUGAGCUGCGCUGAGUUCGCGCAGCUCGGCGCUGGGGAGCGCGGCCGUGAGGAUCUGCUGCUCGUUGAGGCCGCCAGGGAGUGCAAAUGGAAGCGCUGCCCGCGGUGCCGGUUCUACGUCGAGAAGUCCCAUGGCUGCCUGCACAUCACAUGCAGGUGUGGCUUUGAGUUCUGCUAUGGAUGUCAAAAGCCGUGGAAACUCGAACACGACGGCUGCCCUGGAGAAUGAAGUGUGUGCCCGUAUUGAGUGUUCAAUGUGUUCAAUGACUUAAGUUGACAACCCACUGUAUGCCCGUUGAAACUGAAGCGGGCAACGCGAGGAGAUUUCAUGCACAUGAUCGAGUUUACUUUUUAUUUUGAGCGUGCCGAAUCCAUUUGAGGCUCAAUUAUUGGCUACAUUGUCAUUCUCAGACUUCGAGCAUAUGUUAGUUCCCUGAGUUGAUUCUUCAGACCUUCAA